AUGGCGCUUGAUGUCAGAUAUGAGGUAACACAUCUCAAUAAAGGUUCAAAGAGUGCACCUCAGGCACUUCUGCAGAGUUGCCUCACUUUUGGAGCAUUCUCAUUCAUCAUUGAAGGGCUGAACAAGCAGCAACCAGCAAUGGCUCACGCAAUUUCUUCUAGGAACAGUCAUGACUCUCAUGGCAAAUGCUGUUCCCUCGCGCUUCCUUUUGCAGUCCCUCUUCCAGAUGAACUAAAAGAGGCCUUCUCCUUUUUCUGCAACGAUAGAGAGGACGAUUUGAUUCCGGAUUUGCAACAAUGGAGGAUAAAUUUGAUUCUAGAUUUGCGAGUAAUAGAGGCAUCGAUUGAAAGGCUUUUAAAUGUUGUUUUGGGCAAGCAACUUGCUUGUCACAUCAACUAA